AUGACGGAUUUAAACACAACUAGUGUAACGGUGGUCGUCCCGGCACUGUCUUACUUGGAGCGGCAGAUCUUCGCAACUCUCCUCGGUGCUAUAGCCGUGACCGGCCUCAUCGGUAACGGCGUAGUCAUCCUCGCCGUGUUUAUGUCCAGGAAACUCCGUCGCUGCGUCACCAAUGCCUUCGUGGCGAGUCUAAGCAUGGCCGACCUGGCCGCCUGUCUGAGCAUGCCUUGGACCAUGGUGAGCUUCCUACACCCCGGUAGCGUCUGGCCACUACCCGACGCCCUAUGCAGGAUGGGUGGCUUCGGUCUCAUCAUGUCCGUCGGUUGUAGCAUCAUCACCCUGGCGAUGAUUGCUCUGAACCGUCUGCUCUUAGUGACGCUCCCCAGACUCACCUACAAGAGAAUCUACACCCCAAUCAGUACUGCCCUCAUGAUUCUUCUCAGCUGGCUGGUGCCGAUGUCCAUCGCCUCGGUGCCCCUCUUCACCGACUUGGGGCAGCUUGGCUACAGUGCUCGCACCACAAGCUGCACCCGGAACUCCUCACACCCCAAGGCCGGUGCAUUGAAUAUCUUCAUUGCUAUGACACUCUAUCCAGUGCCAUGUCUUGUCAUCAUUGUCUGCUACACAAGGCUGUAUUUAUUUACUAGGAAGCACUCUAAUAUUAUCAUACACGACCACAACACACCAGAAAGGCCACGAGGACCAAGACGCCACCAUCUUGGGGCUUGGAGGGUACACAUCUCCAAACGCCACAUCCGUGUCACCAAGAACAUGCUGUACGUGGUGUUGGUCUUCGGUACCCUCGUCACGCCGUACGGGGUGACCCUACUCUUCUCAGACAACACCCGAGCCCUGCCGUACACAGCGGUCCUUCUCAGCUUUAACAGUUGCGUGAAUCCGUUCAUAUACGCCACGAAACACCCCGAUUUCAAGACGGUCAUCAUUUGCAUCUUAUCGUGUCGCUGGGGACAUAUUCCAGGUGGUAUAAGAAUGUUUCGAUCUGCAGUUCAUCCUCUGAACAUUUAG